UCUAAAUAUCAAAACUGAUAUAAAUACCUGGAUGUUCAAUCCUAAGCUACUAUUAAAAUUAGUAGGUAUUGAUCCAAAUAUACAUUGUAAAUCAUUUUGAUCAAAAAAAAUGAUAUAGGAGAUGAUUUGUUGGGGUAUACCAAAUGUAUUUAUUUUUGAUUUCUAUCUAGAAUCAUCAAAAUUACUAAUCAAACUUUUAUCUAGUUUUUAAAGGUAAAGUCAAAAAUAGAUAUAGAACCUUUUUAAAUUAUUAUUUAUUAAACAGUAGAAAAUAUAUUUAUUAUAGAAAAACGUUUUUUGUUCUCAUUUAAUUUUUUAGCAUUAUAUCAUAUUUUCUAUUUCCUAAAAAAUAUAUUUUUAACAUUUUAAUCGCUACAUAAAGAGUGUUAUUUAAAAAAUUUAAUACAAAUUAAAUUUAUCUUUGACUUAAUAUUGAUUGUAAAUUGCAUUUAUCUUAUAAUUAGUUUUACUAGAGAUUUUGUCCGGGCUACGCUCGGAUUUAUUCAAAUAACAUCUAAUUUAAUAUUUUUACAUUAUAUUGCUAAUAUGUUAUAAAAAUUGAAUUAGAAUCGAAUAAAAUUUACAAUUUUUUUACUAUCUAAAAUAUGUAUGAGAUUAUCCAAAAUAUAUUUUUUGUAUAUCAAUUAAGGGAGUUUUUAAUAUAUUUUAGUCCAAAACUAUGAUCCAAAAACAUUAUUUUCUUAUUACUUUUUCAUUUCCAGUAAAAACAUUCUAAAAUCUUGUACUAAUAUCACAAAUUGAUAAUACAAAUUAUUUCUAAUUUGAUAUAACCUUAUUGGGGAUGACUGGUGACCAAUGGAAUGAGGAGAAGAACACAACAUUCCUUAACGUUCCUUAUAAAAAUUACUAUUUAUGAGGUAUAACUGUUUCUCUUCGUUCAUUUUCAUUCUUUUUUUUUGUAGAGAAUUAUAAUACAAAAUUGUUCUUUGUUAAUUUUGAUAAAAAACAAUCAUUUCUCAUCAUUCCCAAAAUUUUAUUCCUAUUCAUUAUUUCUUAUUCAUUCUUAAUGUUCUUGCGAUGGUUACCAGUCACACUCAUUAUUUUAAUUUCCAUUGAAAAAAUAGUGAUUUAGUUUUGUUCUUACUUUGUGUCUUUAAUAUUUUUUGUUAAAGUUCAUACACUAUAUUACAAAUAAUGUUGUAUUUAAUAACUAUAUUACAAUAUAUUACUUCUAUGUUAUAAAAAUAUAAAUAGAAAUUGAAUUAGAAAUGAGUAAAACUUACAAUUUUUUUUUUAAUCCAAAAUAUCUUUUCUUACAUAUUUAGGUUAGUAGGAAAAUAUAUUUGUAAUCUCCACAUCACAUAUUUCUUUGUUAUAUGUAUUAUUUAUAUCAUAUUUAUUUUUUUAUUUUUAUGUUAUUUAAUAUUUUAUAAUAUAUUUUCUUAUGAUUAUAAUCUAUUUUUACAACUGUACUAAGUAAAGCUUAUUUAAAUACUCAUUGCUUUAAAUAAAAAACUUCUAAAAAUUUUGCAUGUGUUAAAUACACUGAAAAAUCUAUGAAAAUAUUAUUAUUACUAUAUUUUUCCAGCAAUUAUUAUUAGGAAAAAUGAUUGCUGACUACAUGAAGUAUCGGUCAUCACAUGGCUAACCAUGCAAACUAAAUUAAUGUAUAUCUAGCUACACGAAGUAUAAGUUAUGCAUGACAACAUCCAUCAACUUAAUGAUGUUAUGUAAUUAACAUCACAAGUUUAAUUUUGUUUAUUCAAAAGCUGAUGUAGAUGUUAGAAACUGUUUAAAUAUUUUGUUUCAUCAAUUAAAAUAUAAUCAAUCUAACCGUAAUUUAACUUAAAUUGUGUUUUAAUCCGCGUUUUAAAAGCAUAAGAAUAUUUUUAACAAAAUUUAAUUUACAAAAACAAUAUUUUUAAUAUUUUUUAUAAGUAGUGUUUUAACCUUUUUGUUUUAGUGUAUUUGAUAACUAUAUAAUUAUAUUAUUUUAUUUAUAUUAAAUAUAAAAGUUAUAUAGGAUUAUUUAAUUUUGUUUUUAAUUAUUCUAAUCUGUUUUGUUAUUAAAUUUUAAUAAUAUUUCUGUAAUUCAUUUUAUUAAUUUUGUGAUAUAUACUUAUCUUAUAAUUUUUUAUUAUUAUAAAACUUAUUUGAUGUCUAUUUAUUGACUCUAACAUUUUAUUUGUUUAAUAUAAAAUUUAUUAAAUUAAUGAAUUAUUUUAUUUAUAUUUUCAUAAAAAAACUUAAUUCAUUUAAACUUAAUAAAACUUUAAUAUUAGAUUUGUAUUAUUUGAUUACUUUUAUUCUUAAAAGUAUAUAAUUAAUAACUAUAUACACGAGAUAAUAUUUGAUUUAAGUUGACAUCAAAUAAGUUUUAAACAAAUAAAAUGUUAGAUUGACGUCAAAUAAGUUUUAUAAUUAAAAAAUAAAAUAAUAUCUUAUAUAACUUUUAAAUUUAAUAUAAAUAUAAAUAAUAUAAUUAUAUAGUUUUCAAAUGCUAAAAUACUAGUUAUCAAAAAAUAUUGAAACAUAUUGAUUUUGUAAAUUAAUUUAAGAAAAAAUAAUCUUAUGCUUUUAAAAUGCGGAUUAAAAUCUAAUUUUAGUUAAACUACGGUCAGAUUAGUUAUAUUUUAAUUGAUGAAAUAAGAUAUUUAAACGGUCUCUAACAUCCACAUCAAUUUUUGGAUGAAUGAAAUUAAACUUGUGAUGUUAAAUACAUAACAUCAUUAAGUUGAGGGAUGUUGUCAUGCAUAACAUAUACUUCAUGUAGCUAUGUAUACUUUAGUUUAGUUUGCAUGGUUAGCCAUGUGAUGGCCAAUACUUCAUGUAGCCAGCGAUCAAUUUUCCUUAUUAUUACUAUAUUAUUUGUUUAGUUAUAAGCAAAAACAAAUCUUACAAUCUAGCUAUAGCUAAAAUAUUAAUCUGGAUUAAAACUCAAUGUAAAAUGAUAAUCAAAAUAUUCUCAAUAUAUAUUCACAAUUUAUUUAAAUUUUAUUAUUAUAUAUUAGUUGAUUUAAAAUUACUAUUUUUAAAAUACAAUCAGGUUAUUACGCUGUUAUCAAACAUGAAAUUUUGUAUACUAAUUAGAGGAGUUUUUUGUAUACUAAUUAGAGGAGUUUUCAAUAUAUUUUUAGUCCAAAACUAUGAUCCAAAAACAUUAAUUUCUUAUUAUUUUUUCAUUUCCAGUAAAAACAUUUAAAAUAGUGAUUUUGUUUUUUUUUUCUUACUUCAUUUCCUUAAUAUUUGUUUUGUUAAACUUCAAACACUAUUUUUAAAAAACUUUCUUUACUUUUUAUGAACAGAAAUUUUAAAAUGUCUGUUAGCCGUUAUUGUCUAAUGUGGUACACUAUAUCCCAUUGUAAAAUGGGAUAGCUAAAAUAUUAAUCUGGAUUAAAACUCAAUGUAAAAUGAUAAUCAAAAUAUUCUCAAUAUAUAUUCACAAUUUAUUUAAAUUUUAUUAUUAUAUAUUAGUUGAUUUAAAAUUACUAUUUUUAAAAUAUAAUCAGGUUAUUACGCUGUUAUCAAACAUGAAUUUUUGUAUACUAAUUAGAGGAGUUUUUUUGUAUACUAAUUAAAGGAGUUUUCAAUAUAUUUUUAGUCCAAAACUAUGAUCCAAAAACAUUAAUUUUUUAUUAUUUUUUUAUUUCCAGUAAAAACAUUUAAAAUAGUGAUUUUGUUUGUUUUCUUACUUCAUGUCCUUAAUAUUUGUUUUGUUAAACUUCAAACACUAUUUUAAAAAAACUUUCUUUACUUUUUAUGAACAGAAAUUUUAAAAUGUCUGUUAGCCGUUAUUGUCUAAUGUGGUACACUUAGCAACUAUAACUACAUUGUAGAAAGGAAUACUAAUUGAGAAGCUAUCAUUGCAAACAUGAUAAUGUGAUAUCAGUUUAUAAAUUUUUUUGUUGAAAGAUGUGUAAUGCUGAAGAUGAUCUAAGAGAAGGAAUAACUCCAGUUCAAACUAACAACAGAAGUACCAUUUUCACUCCAGUUCAAAGCUUACAACAGAAGUACAAUGGAAGUACCAUUUUAUAACAACGAAAGUUGAUCACAGAAGCUACUGAAUGGCAAUCAGUUUAUAAAUAAAGAAAGUAGAGUAAUGCUGGAGAAGGUAAUCAUUACGUAGCAUUUUUAAAAGUGCAAUUAAAGUAGUAAAACUGUUUGAAGAAAAAAAACUCAGAAAGGUGCAAACUGAAAGGAAAGCAUAAGUUAAUAAUUAAACUGCAAAACAAAUACUUAAAACAUCAGGUUUCUGAAUAAGCCCAUAUGUCGAAGCCCACAUGAAGAAAGGAAUGGAUCAAUACAGGCUUAUGCUAAAUAACUCUUCUUACACGGUUAAACUUAUCCCACGUGUCAAAAAACAGGUUCCUGAUUGGUCCGAAUAUUUUAUCCAACGUGGACACUCUAUAUGCCUAGCUUAUUUGCCUUUUAGUAGAGUAUAGAUUUAGUUCAAAUACUAUUGAUUAAAUAGGUAUAGUUAAUAAAACCAGAAAUGUAUUUAAACUUUUUUUUAAUUUUGUUAAAAAUAUCAAAAUGACAUUGUUUAAGAAAACAAAAAAGAGUAUACAGCUACAUCAAUGAUAUUUCUACAGUUACGAAUCAAUCAUCGACCUAUGAAUAUUAGAAAAAACUAAUACCAAAAGCUAUACUCAAAAAGAAAGCAAAGUCAAACCAAUAAAACUCUUAUAAAUUAAAGGAAAAAUAACCAAUUAAUAUACAAACAAAAAUCGGAUCGAUGAUGCGUUCACACUAUCACCUCCUUCAACAAAAAUGGCUGCCUUCCUCUGAUUCACGACCAAAGACUUCCAAAUUCCAACAGACAGAAGUUUCUUUAAUUGAUCUUCUUAGUAUUAAAAAUCAAAUAAUAUUUCCAAUAAUUAACAGCGCCGAUUGAAAUUAAUAUAUUCUAAUAGUAAUCAUUCUGUGAGUUGAAAAUAGUCAACGUCGAACUAGUCAAACCUUCCUCCUCUUUGAAUCUCAUCUCUCUUCUCUUCUUCCCCAAACCACAAGGAAAAAAAAAACACAGAGACCUCAACGAAUCAAAGAUGGAGCUACGGAUCCAAAUUGCUACUCUUCUCCUUCUCCUCUUCUGGCCGUCGUCUCUGUUCUUCACCGUGGAAUCUAAAUGCAGUGGAAGCUGCAACUUAGCUUUAGCCUCUUACUUCCUCGACAACGGAACAACCCUCUCCAACAUCAACCUCAACCUCAACUCUCCCGAGGCUCCUUACGAUCAAAUCAACUUCGAGCCGAUCCUAAGGUACAACCCCAGCAUAACAAACAAAGACUUAAUCCAGAUGGGUACUCGCCUUCUUGUCCCUUUCCCUUGCGAGUGCCAACCAGGAGACUUCCUCGCCCACGUGUUCAGAUACAGUGUCCAACCGGAAGAUACUUACGACAUAGUUGCGACUGAACAUUACGCGAACCUCACGACGGAGGAGUCUUUGCGGAGAACCAACUCUUUUCCGGCGACUAACAUCCCUCCCUCCGCGACGUUAAACGUGUCCGUGAACUGCUUUUGCGGUAACGAGAGUGUGUCUAAGGAUUAUGGGUUGUUCGUUACGUACCCGCUUCGUCCUGAAGACAGUCUCGACGCGAUCGCGAGUUCUUCCGGUGUACCGGCGGAGACUCUGCAGAGGUAUAACCCUGGUGUUGAUUUCCGGUCAGGGAGUGGCAUUGUCUUUGUUCCGGGGAAAGAUCCAAACGGUACAUUCCCACCUUUCAAGUCAAGUGACAAAGCAGGUGGGCUUGGUGCUGGAGUUAUAGCUGGUAUAUGUAUAGGAGUGUUGGUGGCUCUGUUGUUGAUCUCCUUUGUCAUAUACUAUGUUUACCGAAAGAACAAGAAACAAGAGUCACAUUCAUCUUCUAUUCCGUUGUCUGCUAAGGUUGAUCAGGCUAGCCUCCAGAGUGGCGACUUGGUUGGUACAGGAGUUGCUCCUGGCCUUGCCGCCAUAAGCGUGGACAAGUCUGUUGAGUUUACCUUGGAGGAGCUCGCAAAGGCUACUGAUAAUUUCAAUCUGUCUUUUAAGAUAGGGCAAGGUGGUUUUGGUGCUGUUUACUAUGCAGAGCUUAGAGGAGAAAAAGCUGCAAUCAAGAAGAUGGACAUGGAGGCAUCGAAACAGUUCUUGGCAGAACUAAAAGUCUUGACACGUGUACAUCAUGUCAACCUGGUUCGUCUGAUUGGUUAUUGUGUAGAGGGAUCUCUUUUCUUGAUCUAUGAGUAUGUUGAGAAUGGCAACCUUGGACAACAUUUACAUGGAUCAGGACGUGAACCGCUACCGUGGACUAAGAGAGUCCACAUUGCGCUAGAUUCAGCUAGAGGUUUAGAGUAUAUCCACGAGCACACGGUUCCAGUUUAUGUUCACAGGGACAUUAAAUCUGCCAAUAUAUUGAUAGAUCAGAACUUCCGAGCAAAGGUCGCUGAUUUCGGUUUAACAAAACUGACAGAGGUGGGAAGCUCAGCGACACGUGGUGCGAUGGGUACAUUUGGUUACAUGGCACCUGAGAUUGUAUAUGGAGAAGUGUCUGCGAAAGUAGAUGUAUAUGCAUUUGGAGUUGUCCUCUACGAGUUGAUCUCUGCGAAAGCCGCGGUUGUCAAGAUGAACCAAGCCAGUGGUGAAUUCAGAGGCCUCGUUGGUGUGUUCGAAGAAGUGUUCAAGGAGGCAGACAAAGAAGAAGCACUACGGAAGAUUAUCGACCCCAGGCUUGGUGAUAACUAUCCGUUUGAUUCUGUAUAUAAGAUGGCGGAGCUAGGGAAAGCUUGUACGCAAGAGAACGCGCAGCUACGUCCAAGUAUGAGAUACAUUGUGGUUGCUUUAUCUACUCUGUUCUCUUCAACCGGAAACUGGGACGUCGGAAACUUCCAGAACGAUGAUAUUGUCAGCCUUAUGUCUGGCCGGUAGAGUUUGCGGUUUGCGGUUUAUAGAAAUGAUUGUUCUUGGCUUUAACUUCAAGAUUGAUUUUGUUGAUCUUCAGUAUGUAUAUGUAUACUCUUUAUACAAACUGUGCAUGUCACCUGUUGACUGAUCUAUAUAAUCUUCUAUAAUAAUUAAUUUGACAAGUUCAACCUC